AUGAUGGUGGAGCUGGAGCUCGAAGGACGGGCAGCAGCCGAAGCUUUGGCAAGCAAUGCCCCUAGCCAGUGCAUCUUUAUGGCUUGCCCUGGAGAACUGCACUCGAUGCUGCGCUUCACCGCCGGAGUCUUUGACCUGGCUUUCUUUGUGGAGCUCCUGGUCCGCGUGGCAUUGGAGAAAGGAAACUUCUGCCAAAAGCUUGCCAACUGGUUCGACGCAGUCCUUGCAAUUGCUGGUGUGGUGCACUUGGUUCUCGUCGUCGUCAUUGAGGUCGGCGAGGUUUCUGGAGGUACCAAAGUCCUGGGCUUCGUGGGGCUGCUCCGUGCGCUCCGCGCGAUCCGACUCCUCCGGAUCCUCCGCUUCUGCCGCGGCCUGCGUGUGUUUCUGUCGGCUUGCAAGACGUUUUUAUCGUCGCUGGUGUGGGCGAUGGUGCUGCUGGGCAUUUUCUUGUCCAUGGCUUCGCUGAUGGUCGGGAAUAUGCUCCAAACGUACAUCACGAACCCGAUCGAAAAUUGGGAGAAGCGAAAAUGGAUGUGGGAAAGGUACGGCACGGCAUACAACGCGGCUUACACACUUUUCGAGGUGACCUUCGCCGGGAAUUGGCCAACCAAUGUGAGACCAGUAUUGGACGACGUCAGCAAAGUGUACGUCCUCUUCUUCGGCGCGUACAUCAUCGUUGUGGUGUUCGCUCUGGUACGGGUCAUCACUGCUAUCUUCUUGAAAGAUACCUUGGACGCUGCGCAAAGCGACGCCGAAUUCAUGGUCUUGGAAGGCAUGCGCAAGCGAUCACGGUACGUGCACAAGUUGGAAGAAAUAUUCAAAGCGAUCGACAAGACUGGCAAAGGCAUCUUGACGGAAGCAAGGCUGAACGACAUCCUCAGCGAACCCCGUGUGAAGGCCUAUUUCCAAUCACUCGACGUCGACAUUCACGAAGGUGUGGCGUUGUUCCAUUUGUUAGACAACGGCGAUGGCGAGGUCACCCUGGAGGAGUUCGUGGAUGGCAUCUUGCGAUGCAAGGGUCAGGCGAGAGCCAUUGACCAGGUCGCAAUCCAUGCUGAUCUCAAGCAGCUCGAUGCCAAGCUUUCCAAGAUGACCCAGAUUUUCACGGAGGUGUAUCCUACUCUUCUCAGGAAGUCGAGGCAAGCUGCCAAGUCUCCGAAGGCUCAGCCGGGUAUCAUGCGGCGCUUGUCUAUGUCCUCUUUGUGA